AUGCCGCCGGCUCCGCCUCUUUCCGAACGUCGACUCCGAAGCAUGAUCACCUCCAAAGCUUGUGAUUCCUGCAAGACUAGAAAGAUCCGCUGUUCCGGCUACCCUCCGCCAUGCCAGAGUUGUACCAUCCGAGGUGUGACUUGUCGAUUCGGGACGCGCAAAAUACCACUCCGGAAGAACGUCAAUCGAAACUUACUACUUACUACCAGCGAAGAGUCGCCAAAUAUUAAAGUGAAUGAUGGCAGCCCUGCUGGGCAGAAUCUUAAGCCUGAUACAGAUUUGAAGCGAGAUGCCGCCUCUCAUCCUGUACCAAAUGACCUCUUCAUAGAUCGCAUCUUGUUCGGGUCAUCAUCGACAGACGUCCCAAAUGCCGAUGAACGAUUUUCACUCAAGGGAAUCGGUCUCUUGAGCGGCACUCACAGUGUCACGUUCUUCUCCGACAGCAGACUCGAAAUGCUCUCGGCCAAGCUUCAGAAUAACAAAGUCAACGACAUUAUCAGACGAAUGUCCUCAGUCAUCAACAACAGGGCUAAGAUUACCACCAGUACCUCGCCUGAGCAUCUCCCCGAGCUAACCCUUCCGUCGAUGAAUUAUUUAUCUGCAGCAAAAUACAUAGCUAUAUACUAUGAACAAGUCCAUCCUCUCUUCCCUCACCUGGAUCGCGACGCUUUCGACUCCACCGCCGCAAGCCCUGACCUCAACACAAUCCUCAUCAACGACACAGCUUUUUCUGCUCUAUAUCACGCCGUCCUCGCUCUCGGUAGUCUACAUGACGGUGGUGGCAGUUUCGAGCCUGGGAAGGGAAAGGCAUGGGAACUGCUCUCCGUUGCAUUGGCUAAGGUGCCUGAUCUCUUCAAGGCCAAGAACCCACUGGUAGCGUUUCAGGCAAUAACGACUGUUGCUGUUUACUGUCUUGGUGUACCGUGUAUAUCCAUCGAGCAUAGGAUCAUGACGGAGAUGGCGCGUAUGGCUCAAGAUCUAGCCCCUUCUCUCUGCAAAGGCCCCAGUGCAAAGGUGUUCUGUAGGGUAUUUUGGGUCGUUUACGUGAUAGAGAAGAUAAUGAGCUUCCAUUUUGGCCGCCCUUCGGCCAUCGUCGACGCUAACAUCAUCGUGCCUAUGCCUUACAUACCCGAGUCUCACCUUGGAGGCCUGAACUGGACGCACACACUCGCUCAACAGAGCCGCCUCCUAUCACGAGCGAUGAAUACUCUCUUCUGCCCUGGGGUAUGGCACAGGGGAUCGCAGUACUUUCUGACGACUAUUGAUCAACUUCUCGAGGACCUUGAACAGUGGAGAUCAUCUAUAGCUGAGGAAUUUCGCCCAGGAUAUCUUUCGCAGUCCAAUUUGCUCCGGAGACCGGUGCACGGGACAGUUGGGAUCUGGAUCAACUAUCUCUACUACAGUCUCAAACUCAUUUUGCUCCGAAGCAGGCUUCGAAUCGACAGUUCUCAGGGCAGCGGAAUGGGCAAGACAAGUCAUAGUGAACAACUCAUAGAGGUUUCUCGUUCCGUACUCGAGAUUGUUACAUAUGUUGACGUUGAGCCAUCGACACCACUAUGGAUCAUCGCAGCUAUCCCAUUGUGCGCUCUGUUUCUUCUUUUUGACCACGUCAUCAGCAAUCCCAAGUCUCCGGACACAAGAAGCAAUCUCGCUCUACUGAACAUCGCAGGGGGACAUUUUAGUCGGCUUGAGUUUGCGAGCAGAGGAACAUUGCCCGGCUCGCUGAUCAGCGAGUUCACCUACAUCGCGCGCGAGUACAUCAAUCAGUGCGACAGCCAGGAUUCACUCAAGGAACCCCAGAAUAUUAUUUGCUCUGCGGAUCAUAAUACCUCGAUGGACGAAUCUUGUGCUUCCGAAGUGAACCAUAGUCUCGAACAAGAGUUCGGGAUGGCUCAGGCUACAGUACUAAACUCUACGUCACCGAUGGACCCUAUAUAUGCACCGAUAGAAAGCCUCUGGGAUAGUGGAAACGAUCCAUUGUAUGGUAUAGAUGUGAUGAAUCUUUUCAAUAGUAUUAUGUAA